GGCAGUGCUGGGUUUGUUUGUCUGGUGGCGUCCCUUCUGGUGACCCUCAUUGUGUAGACAGCUCUGUUCUGUCACGCUGCACAAGCGUCACUCCUCUAGUACGAUUUCACCUUACCUCGUGCAAAGAGCAUUAGACAUUGUGUGGAGUACUAUAGCUCAGUGUUUGCUGUCAGAUUAGACAGAGGCACUUUCCCUUUCAACUAUGGCAAGUGAAAGUGUUUUGGAGCCAACUGGCAGGGCCAGGACUCGGAGUGGAGUUAUCUACUCGCCGGAGUAUCGCCGCACGAGACAGAGAACCAGCCAGGGCAGCAGCGGGUAUGGAUCCAGCUCUUCUUCCAAGGACACUUCCCUCAACACCAGCUACGAGAAUGAGCAAAACCUGAAGAACACAAGCUCAUCCUACCAGGCCAGUUUCACACAGAGUUCUUCUGACAGCAUGGGAGGAGUGGUUAUACUAGGAAGUGUCACCCGCAGUGGUUCCAACAGGAGCACCAGAAGUGGUGGUUCAGGAUCCAGGAAGAGCGCUGCCAGCUCUGGGUCGGGCCAUGCGAGUCUUCAGGGUGGGAGGGCGGUGUCCAAGGAGAGUGUGUCUGUUGUCAAAACGUCCACUACGGUCAUCACCACUUCCACUAUGACCUCCGAAUCUCAGAGCUGGCAAUCCUCUGAAACAUCUACAGUUGCUGGCAGCUCUGGAAUUGUCAACGGAUUUUCCAGCAGUGCAGUAGAGAGCUCUGCAAGCCAGGCCGCUGUUGGCGAUACUCUAACCAGCGCCACACUUUCUACAAGGAGUGGAAGUGGUCGCAGUAGUGGCAGCAGCAGGAGUGGGAGAAGUAGUGCACUGUUGGUGGGUGGCACAGUUUCUUCAGCUCUUACAAGUGGCACUUCUACCCAGUCCUUGGUUACCGAUACCACACAGUCGGAGAGUUCGACAAAGGAAGGUGGCUCUACGUCUUACAUACAAGGUUCUGCCAGCCACAGCUCCACAGCUUCUUCCAUUCGUGGCUCUAGCGGCAGGAGAAGUGUCGUUCAGAGCAGUAGUCACGGAUCGUCCGCAUCGGAGAGAGCUGUCGUAACAGGUGUCACCUCCGAAACAGCUCUCACCCAAUCAGCCACCACCUUGUCCAGCGCCGGCUCAGGUUUGGUACGCGGAGGAAGCGGGCGCAGCUCCGGAUUGCUCGUGGUCGGCAGCUCGGGUUCGCGGUCUUCUCAAAAACGAGGAUCUUCUCUAGGCUCGUCCUCGGCCAGAGAGCUGACGUCUUCAGAAAACCUCAUCACUCAAACAUCGACCUCCUCCCAGCACGUCUCCGCCCACAGUCUGGGACUCACAGGUGGCAUCUUGGCAUCAACACCCAGGAAAGCUGCAGCUCCCUCCAGCUUUGUUACCAAGGAAACCACCGUAACCACGGCAACUGUCAACAAGGAGGAAGGUGGCCACAGUUCUGUGGAACACAGCCGAUCACAAGAAGACUACCAGGAUACAGGAUACACCUAUUCUGAGAGCGCUAGUUUAUCUGUGAGUGGUAAUGGGGAGUAUGUUGAGGUGUAUGAGAAGAAAGAUGUUACUCAGCCCGGUGUCAUCAGACGUGUGCUGGGUGGGAGCUACCGUUUCCCCAUCUACGUCCUGCGGAAGUUUCGCUCACUGCUGGGGUGGCAGGAGAGACAGGAGGUGGAGGAGGUACAGGACCUGGACACCCUCAAGGAGGCUUAUGACACGCCUAAGAUGAUGAGAAGAGGACUAAGGGGCAGCUCUAAGUCCAAGUUUGAUGACUCCAUCAUUGAAGACAGCGUUACGGAGGGUUCCUACAGCUACUCGGAGAGUAAGACUAAAGAGUCGCGCAGUACCAACAGGGCCAGGAGGAGACACAGCGGCAAGUCUGACGUCAUGGCGGGAUCCAUCUACGGCACCACGGAGAAAUCCAUGGCUUCUGAGAAGACUCUCUCCAAACUGUAUGAGUCUGAGUCUGUGACCCAGGACAGACUGUCCUAUGAGUCUGAUGGGGAGUAUGGAGACUACUCCGACUCAGCCUACAGCACUAGUGAGGCAGCUGGGGGACUUACCAUAUGGGAGAUGGUAACAAUGCCUUUUGUUGGCCUGUUCUGGUGGAUGUGGUGGCUGGUGGGAACACCUGUCUACUGGUUUGUCACCACUGUCAUGAUGCUGGACGCCUGGAUUCUCUCCAGAGUAACCAUCCUGAAGAACACCAUCAUGAACAGGAAAGGUCCAGUGUUUGUGGCAGCAGCUUUCCCCCUCAGGCUCCUGCUACUGCCACUGUUACUACUGCUGCUGCUGCUUGCUCUGUACUAUCUGUGGCCCCUGAGUUUCCUGACAGGUAUAGUGAGUUCUGUGGCCUCCACCCCCGGAGCCCUGCUGGCCUGGCUGCCCUGGUACUCCUCAACAGGAGCUGGUCCACCCGUACGUGGUCUGCACAUGACUAUGCAUGAAAAGGUGCUGAAUGACUUUAGGGCAGAACAGAUCCGCUCAGAGAUGCGGACAGAGAUCCAGAGGCUGAGUGCUACUGUCGCUGACGUGGUGAGGAAAUGGGAGCAGUCUUCCCAGGCUGGCAGCCAGAUCCCAGAUGCAGUCAGCACACAAACUGAAGCUUCCAUGUCUGGAGGGGCAGGAAAUGUUGAAAAAGUUGAAAAUCUUCUGCAAAGUGCCUCAGCGGCAGCCAUGGCUGGAGGGAUGGAUAAAGACGAGAUCAUCGCUCUCAUCACUGCGAUCGUGAAGGAACACAUGGAGGGUCUCCGUAAGGACGUGUCUGUCCAGGACCAGGCCAUCCUGGCGGACCUGGACAAGUUACGCACAGAACGAGAGAACCAGCUCGCCAUGCUGGAAAUCAAGAUGCAGACAAUCAACAGCCACUCCGAGGACCUGACCAAGCAACUUGUUGAGGCCAAGCAGAAAAUCAAAGUUGAGACCAAUGGUGGAGUGGGCACGUCUUCAGACAUGUUAGAGCACAUCCAUCGGCUGGAGAGUGAGCUGGCCUCCCUGAAGAUGGAGCUGGGCCGUGUACAACAGCAGUCAGACAUGUACCACCAGGAGCUCAAGAAAUACAGCAUGAACAUCUCACUGAUUGAGCAGCAGCUGUCCAUCACCGUCCAGCAGGCUCUCCAGGAGGACUCGUCUGCGCUGGUCAGCUGGCUCAAGUCGCGCUUUGUGGGUCAGUCUGACUUUGACAGCAAAGUGAACGACAUUGUCUCCAGGGUGACAGAAAAUGUCUCCCAGAAACUGAAGGUGGAGACCAGCGUGAGCCGGACCAGUGCAGGGGAGGUGACAGUGGAUGAAGAGAGGAUCAGAGCCAUUGUUAACAAGCACAUCGGUAUCUAUGACGCCGACAAGACCGGUAUGGUGGACCAUGCACUGGAAUCAGCAGGUGGUAGUGUCCUGUCACUGCGAUGUACCGAAACCUACGAGUCCAAGUCUGCUCAGCUCAGCAUUCUUGGAAUCCCUCUCUGGUACAAGACCAACUCCCCAAGAACUGUCAUACAGCCUGAUGUCCAUCCAGGCAACUGCUGGGCAUUCCGCGGCAGCGAGGGUUACAUGGUCAUUCAACUGUCCGGAGUGGUCAAGCCAACGUCAUUCUCACUAGAGCACAUCCCCAAAUCACUGUCUCCCACUGGUCAAAUUGACAGUGCGCCAAAGGACUUCACCGUCUAUGGCUUGGAGGAUGAGACUCAGGCCGAAGGAGACCUGCUGGGGAACUACACGUAUGAUGACAAUGCAGAACCUCUGCAGUACUUUCCUGUUCAGGUGACUGAUGUAAAGCCAUACCCGAUAGUGGAGCUGCGCAUUCUCAGUAACCAUGGAAACCCAGACUACACCUGUAUCUACAGGUUCAGAGUUCACGGCAUACUACAGAAGUAAGGUCACCCAAGGCCACGCCUUGCCACACCAGAGUUGGAGAACACAUGAUAGUUCUCAAGCUUUUACACAACUGGGAAUAGGAAAGUAGUCUCACUGAAAGCUGUCUUCAAAGACAAUAGCAAAAACACUCUCUCGGCAGAUGGUGGAAAGAUUGGGAUGCAGAUGUGUUAAGAGAUUACUCUGAAUGCUAUUUAUAAAUUAUACAUGAGAGACUACAAAUCUACCACUGGUAUGUUUGAACAAAGAGGGUUUAAAACUAUGACUUUGUUUUGAUUUUUGGUUUAAAUCUCACAUAACAAAAUUGAAAGAUGCAGUACUAUUUUUGAAAUGCCUAAUAUGUAUUUUGAGCUCGAGGGUGUGAAAUUUGUUUCUUUUUUGGUGCAAUUGAAUGUAUACUGGGAGUUAUUUAUAUUUUAUAUUGGGAAAAGAUAUGCCUAUAUUGUAAGAAAGUCUUUCAUUUGAUGUUUUCUAAAUAUUUUGGGAUACAGUAAAUUAUCCAAGUCUUAGGUAAAUCUCUCCUUUUAACGUGACACGUGUCAUUUGUUUGUAACUGUUACAGAAAGCAUGAGUGGAUGUAUUACAGCAUAACAUUCAUGAAGAAAUACAUGACAGCUGAAGAAAAAAAUAACUAACACAUCAAGUCAAUAGUCAUUCCUCAACCAAAUCGCCACUUUAUGUGACAUGUUCUUUGGAUUGGAAAGAAGAAACCAAUCUGUUCUGACUCAGGUCCACUAGUAUCACUUGUUCACUCAUACUUUUGUUCAUAUCUACAUGUACCAUUUUUUAUUACCACAUUUUGUGUGGCUGGAAACUUACUGCUAUUUAUUGUAAAAAAAAGCAGAUAGUAUCUUCCAUCGUAAGUGCCUAUAGUCCAGAUUAUAUGUUGAAGAAAGCAUUCAUAGGAAGUAAGUCAUACUGAAAAAGAUCCAAAGAUGUAUUUUGUCCACCUUUAUGUGACUAUCUUAAAUGAGAACUAAGAACUGCAGUGAAGUAAAUUGAUUUCUCUGAACUAUGGAAGUACUUUAAGUAUGUACUAACAUGCGGUAUAAUUUUGUUAUUCAUCUCUUGAAGAUUGAAGCUGAAAUAUCAUUUAAUAUUUGCAUGCAAUGUCUUAGCAAUAUCAAUAUAUGUGUACAUAAUACAUAAGAUAUAAAACAGCUGCUCUAUCUGGUUGAUUUUCUUUGCUCUUUAGCCCAUUGGAGUUCUUUGAAAUCCAACUGUCGCCUAUGGAAAAAAAAUCUAAUGCGAAGUAUAAAAAUGUUGUCCUUUAUUAACAAGCAUUGGUGCAGUUGGAUCCAAAUUUUAGUCAUUAGACCGCAACACCUUUAGAAAUCAAUCUACCAUGUAAGCUGAAAAACUUUUAUUGUUUGCCUCAGUUGUUUUGGAUCUCAGUUGUUUUGUAAUAAAUACAUGUACUAUUAAAGAUUAGACAGACAGUGCAGCUAGAGAUAUAUGUGUAUGACCCUGGGUGUCCUUACAAAGAUACUGCUUGGUUUAAUGGUGUUUAUAUGCAUGCAGACUGUGGUUCAAAACCAUUCAUUUCAAGAGAAAUGCUACCUUUAUUUUUCUAUGUAUUCUAUAAGUUUAUAAAGGGUUGGUGUGCAUGUCUUAUGGGGGAAAAGUAGAAGUUAUGGUUUAAGAUUUUUUUUAUUGUGGAAUGAAAGGACGAAUAAAACAAUAUAGUGGGA